CACAAAAGAGACACACAUUUAUAUAUAGCGAAAAUGUUGAUUUUCUUACCUUUUAGAUUUAGAAUUCCUUCCAAAAAUUUCUCAUCUUUGCCCGCACAUACAUACAUACAAGGAAAACCAAUAAAAUUAAAAUCCCUAUGGAAGCUGAUGUUUCUAUUCUCUCUGCAAUCUUGAGAGUGUAUCUUCUUUUCUUUUUUUGUUGGUGAUUUUUCUUGAAAAUUGACAAAAGGGGUUGUUGUGAAUUUUAGUCUUCUUUUUGUGAAUUUCCUUGAAAAUUAUUUAAAGGGGUUGUAGGGUUUUGAGAUUUGGGAAGUGGGAUGGUGAGUUUUUGGGUUUUUUUGUUCUUUAGUUUUGUGUCUUUAAUGGCUUCUGGAGCUCUUGGAAGUGUAAUUUUGAUUGGAAAAAACCUUACUUUGUCUUUUGACGACAUUGAAGCUAGUUUUGCUCCCUCACCAAAGGGUUCAGGCAAAUGUGGAAUAUUGUAUGUGGCAGAGCCUUUGGAUGCAUGCUCAACCUUGACUAACAAGAUUGAACCUAUUAAUAACUUCACAAAAGAUCCAUUUGUGCUGAUAAUUAGGGGUGGAUGUAGCUUUGAGGAUAAAGUCAGAAAAGCACAAGCUGCAGGUUUUAAAGCAGCCAUUAUCUAUGACAAUAAAUAUGGUGUUAUCAUUCCAAUGGCAGGAACCUCUACUGGUGUGAAGAUACUCGCACUGUUCGUUUCAAAAGCUUCUGGAGAAACACUCGCAAAGUAUGCUGGUGACACUGAUAUGGAAGUAUGGAUAACCCCAAGCUUGGAAAACUCAGCUUGGUCAAUCAUGGCUACAUCGUUCAUUUCAUUACUUGCUAUAUCAGCCGUGCUUGGGAUGUGUUUCUUUGUUCGCCGACAUCAUAUACGAAGAGAGCGGCCCCAAGCCUCUCGCGUUCGUGAGUUUCAUGGGAUUAGUAGACGUUUGGUGAAAGCUAUGCCAAGUUUGAUAUUUGCAUCAGUUGUUGAAGAUAAUUCUACAUCAGUAACAUGUGCUAUAUGCCUCGACGAUUAUAAUGUGGGAGAUAAGCUUAGAGUUCUUCCAUGCCGGCACAAAUUUCAUACCAAGUGUGUUGAUGCUUGGCUGACAUCAUGGAGAACCUUUUGCCCUGUUUGCAAACGGGAUGCAAGGACUAGCACUGGCGAACCACCAGCAUCUGAAUCUACACCAUUGCUUUCUUCGAGCCUGCUAUCUGGAUCUUCAAUGUCAUCUCUAAGGUCAUCAUUAGCAUCAUCAGCAGUAAUACAUAUAGGCACAGGAGUAUCUCGAUCGCCUUCCGUUUCUCGUUCCCAAUCAAUCUCUAGCUCUCAUAACCAGCACUCUCUUUGGUCCUACCACCAGUCACCUCAUUUUGCUAUAAGCCGAAGUUCACUCGACCUUCAAAAUGCAUCUUCGCAAAGAUCUCGUGUACCUUACUUAAUUUCAUCUAACUCAUUGGGUUAUCCUUCUCUAUCACCUCUUAAUUCAAGACACACGUCUGCAUGCAUUCCUAGUCCUAGCAAUCCCUCUUCGAGCUAUAUUGGAUCAACCAGUCAGCAUCAUAACCCACUGCACCACAGUGAAUCAAUUACAAGCCUUUCACCAUUUGCAUCAGCUAACUCUCUUCCUGGGUGCGAGUCAUGAUUUAGUUGGUCGUUGGAAACACUAGUCGAAUUUGUGAAGCCUGAGUCAUGAUUUAGUUGAUCGUUGGAAACACUAGUCGAAUUUGUGAAGCCUCUUACCGGACACAGAAAAUUACAGCUGAAAACAGUGGAACUGAUUCGUAUUGGUUGAUGUGGCAUCUGGACACAGGAAAUACAACAGGUAACUCUCGAUUUCUGCAUUAUUGCUCAGCACUUCUGUAAUAUUGAUUUAGUAGUUGGAUAGGUUUGGUAUUUAUAUCUGGAGGUUUUUACUGAGUGUACAUGCUCAAAGAUGGGUUCUAUGCAUUGCCCCCUCUUUUGUUUAAUUGUUUUUCCUUUUUCUUUUUCUCCUUUUUUUUCAUUUUUCUCCGAUGGUAGUGAUGUUUUUAGCCAUGUCCACUGAUAGAUGGUUGAGGCCUUUAGUUGCAUGUAAAUAUCAAUGUCAGUUAGAUGACUUUUUUCUGUUUUAAUUUUUGAAAGGAAUAAAGAGCAUCCAAUUUUAUUUUA